UAUAAAUUUAUUUAUAUGAAUUAGAAUUUGUUAUAAUAAAAGAAAUUAUCGAAGGAAUCGUGCAAGUGCGAUGUCGAGCGAGAAAAUUAAACGAACUCGAGUACGGAAGGAACCAUAUAAAAGGUGGACGGAUUAUGAGCACAAACUGCUCAUUGAAUUCUUAAAUGAAAAUAAACCGAUAGAGAAGCCAACAGCACAAAUUUACUACACAAGAUUUGCCAAAAAAAAUCAAAUCGAAGUUGAUUGGGGGAAUAUACGCUGUAAGGUACGGAAUCUACGAGAUGUAUAUAAGAAGGCUCUAAACUUACCAAAUCCAACGGAAGAUGGACUUUGGCAAGACGAAAACACAAUUCAAGGUCAAAGACUUAAAAUAUGUCCCUUGUUUAACGAUUUAAGAGUAGUGUUUGGAAACUUAACAACUAGUCAGCAAAGGCCUGUUAAUACAACACUAAUAGAAAGAGACGAUGACACUAUAAUAUCGAUACAAAACUAUCAAUCAAAUGAAGACAUCUCUAUAAAUGUAAAAUUAGAAGACGACUAUCUGGAAAGCAUUUCUCCAUCGCCGUCACACAAUGCUAGCAAGCGAAUAUACUCCUACACGCCAUUGUCGGAAACAUUAGAUAUGCAAGCAAAUAUGAAUGAGCUUAGGGACAACAAUAUGUUAGAUUUAGAGGUACGUAGGAGGAAACAUAGUCUUACGGAACAACAGUUUGCUCUUGAGCAUGAAAGAUUUUUGCUGGAAAAGGAAAUUAAACAAAGGGAAAUAUAUUUAAAAGAGAAGGAGCUGGAGAGUAAGGAAAAAAUUCAAAUACUAGAGUUAGAAAUGAAAGAGAGAAUAGCAUUAAAAGAGAUUGAGUCUAAAGAAAAGUUAGCUUUAGAGGAAUUGAAUAUGCGUUAUGGAAAUUUAGAAACUAUAAAUUGAUUAUUAUGAAUAGUAUAUUAAUAUCAGAAACAAUAAUUUUAUUUUCUGUAUAAGUCGUCAUGUUGAACUAUGACAAGCUGAUAUUGUUAUGAUCCAUGCAUGGUCCUGAUAAACAGAAUCGUAUGCAUGUAUAAUUACAAUAUAAUUACAAUGCAAUACAUUAAAUGAUAUGAAAAGGGUUGUGCUAAUUUAUAUUUAAGUUAGGUUAGGUUAUGCCGGUGACCCCAAAGGAUCCACUCAGGCCUAUAGGCCCAUUUUAUUAUCGCAUAAUUAGAUAAUUUGUAUUUAAAGGAACAGAAAUAUAGGAAGAAAUCUUGCUAAAUAUAGAAAGAAAUAUGAAAUAUGAAAUCUAAUAGGCAGUAGGUGAACUAAAUUUGACAGCAACAUUUUAAACUUCAAAAGUUUUUCUUCCCCUUUUUUAAUUUUUUUUUCUUACACCAAUUUGGAAAUCUAAUCUGGUGCAAGCUUCUAAUCAAACCAAGUUCAAUUCCUGAUAAAAUUCAAAAAUGUAUACGAACUAUUAGACUAGCAAAUAUUUCCAAAGACAACUGAUAAUGAAUAUUCGACAUUCAACUGAUAAUGAAUAUAUUAGCAGCUAUAUGAUCAGCCGAAAAAUGUACUUAUUUAAAAACAAAUUUUUGUUAAACAUACAUAUUACGUUAAUAAAUUUUUCUAGUUAAUAUUAUUCCCCACUAUGUGAUCCAUAAUUAAAUUAUUAGAUUUUAAAAGAGUGUGUUAGUACUCCACAGACAAAUUAUUAAAAAUAAUAUUGAAAUUAAUUUCAAAAUAGAAACUAUACAUACUACUAACAGAUUAAUGGUUGAUGGUAGAGACAUUAAUGAGCAGAAUUUCUAAAAACUCUCGGAAAUAUUCUUAAGUUCAUACCACUUAAACUUAUAUCAUGUGUUAUGGUGUUGCUAAUACUAAUCUUUAUGCUAUAUUAAACACUUAAAAAUUUACAAAAAGAUAUCUAUAUACUUUGAAAUAAAAAUUUCAUUAUUAUUUCUACAUUCUCCCAUAAUCUAAGUAGUAGACUAAAUAGUAGCACUCUCUCCAACUAGUAGACCCUAACAAAUACUAUUCGUUAUAUAUUAUUUAAGGUAAUACUUAAGAUUUAUUUAUUUAUGCAUUAG